AUGAAGUACUCGCAAGUUUUGUUCAGCGCGGCAGCGAUCCUCGCUACCGCGCAAGCCGCACCAGCUGCUGCUAAGCACGCAGGCCACCAGCACGCCCGUCGUGAUGUGGUCACUGUGGUGCAGUACGUGGACAGCAACGGUAACCCGGUCAGCACGAACGCUCCUGGUGUGACCACCACGGUGCAGCCACCUGCCUCGUCCGAAGCGACUCAAAGUUCGACUCCGGCUUCGAGUCAGGGUUCCUCUGCUCCUUCUUCGUCGUCGUCUUCCUCUGGCGGCGACUUCCAAGACGGUACCAUCCAGUGUUCCCAGCUUCCCUCGGGCCAGGGCCUCGUCGACCUUUCGUGGGUCGGCUACGGUGGCUGGGCCUCCGUGAUGGACAUGAACGGUAAUACCGCUUCCUCCUGUCAAGACGGCUACUACUGCUCUUACGCGUGCCAGCCAGGUUUUUCUAAGACGCAGUGGCCUUCUGAACAACCAUCGGACGGCAGAUCCGUCGGUGGUCUCUACUGUAAGGACGGUUACUUGUACCGCAGCAACACCAACGCGAACUCCCUGUGUGAGGCCGACGCUUCCACUUCUCAAGCGGUCAACAACAAGGACCAGCAAAUUGCCAUGUGCAGAACCGACUACCCAGGUUCCGAGAACAUGGUUGUCCCUACCGUCGUCGAGGCCGGCUCGUCGCAGCCCGUCUCUGUGGUCAACGAGGACGGCUACUUCCAAUGGAAGGGCAUGAAGACAUCCGCUCAGUUCUACGUCAACAACGCUGGUGUUUCCAUGGAAGACGGCUGUGUUUGGGGUACUGAAGGCUCCGGUGUUGGUAACUGGGCUCCUGUCGUUCUAGGUGCCGGUACUACCGGUGGCAACACUUACUUGUCCAUCAUUCCAAACCCUAACAACAAGACUCCACCAAACUUCAAUGUCAAGAUUGAGGCCACCGAUGGUUCCUCCGUCAACGGUGAAUGUUCGUACGAGAACGGCUCCUACAGCGGCAGUGGUUCCGACGGUUGCACGGUGACUGUCACCUCUGGAUCCGCCAACUUCGUCUUCUACUGA